AAGAGGUGAGACCCCUGAAAUGGCGUCCUUAGUCUGGAACACGGAAGUAACGUAACUUGAGCUGAGGGAUGAGAUCAUCUUUUGUUUGAGUCCACAUUCUUUCUAACUUGCACAGAGCACAGAAGGGGUUGUCUAGUUAUGACAAAUGCAUGAUUCGUAGUUAUAACUUGCUGAAAUCAUUGCAUUUGUAUCUCACCGUCGCCACCUAGCGACAGGUGUGAUUUCGCAUGUGAGUUGCUGUUGUCUGGCUGUCCCAGGACAAACAGUCACAAUCCUAGAAUUUGGGUUAGACUGUCCCGCUGUGAUUCAACCCUGUUUGUCUCGCUGAUUUUUGUCAUUUAUCAUGAGGGGGUUGAAACACAUUGUUUGUGCCUUAUGUGUCAUUUGGAUUUAGAGACAAAGCGUCAGUGGUGAGCUCCUUUGUCCAGCGGGUAUGACCUGUAUAGCUCCUGAAGUGCCUUUGUCCUGCAGGCAGAUGUGACAGUCACCCCAAGUGUAAAUCAAAGCAGCUCUUUGCCAGUGGCCAGCUUUGAAAGUGUAGACACUUAUUUCCAACGUUACUGGCACUUAUUGCCAUCCUUGACACAUUUAUGACAAAGACAGUAAGAAAACACCAGGAUGGAAGAUUACGAGAUUCUGACACAACUCGGCAAGGGUGCCAGUGGAGCCGUGUUCCUGGCGAGAAAGGCCUACACCAAGAAAAUGUUGGCACUGAAGAAGAUCCAAGUGGACACCAGUCGCAAGACGCGAACCAAAGAGUCGCUUCUCAGGGAGGCCAAGAUUCUGUCCAAGCUGCAACAUUCCCACAUCGUGGCGUAUCACGACUCCUUCUUCGACAAGGAAGAGGAGUACCUGUACAUAGUACAGGACUACUGUGAUGGUGGUACUCUGGAUGAGAGGAUACAUGACAAGAGACAGAAAGGAGAGUUCUUCCCAGAGAGUCAGGUCAUGAGGUGGUUCAUACAGAUAGCCAUGGCUGUACAGUACAUGCACUCCAUGAAGAUCCUUCACCGAGACCUCAAAACUCAAAAUGUCUUCCUCACCAAAAAGGAUUGUGUCAAGCUCGGUGACUUCGGAAUCUCGCGGAUGAUGGAACACACGUUGGACGUCGCUCAGACGUGCGUUGGAACGCCAUGCUACUUGAGCCCGGAACUGUGUCAGGAUAUCCCGUACAGCUCCAAGUCUGACGUCUGGGCCCUGGGGUGCCUUCUGUAUGAAAUGUGUGCCUUAAAACCAGCCUUCGAUGCAAACAAUCUUAUCAGCCUGUUUUACAAAAUCGUCAAAGGUACUUUUGACACAGUGCCUGACUGCUUCUCACCAGAAAUGACUGAUCUGAUCGGAACGAUUCUGUCUAAGUCUCCAGAGGACAGACCCAGUGCAAGUGCUGUGUUGACUUUGCCGUAUGUCCAAGACCAACUCAAGAUAUUCCUGGAGGAAAAAGAAGAAUUGUACCGACAGAUGGGAGAGGAGAAGGAAAGAAAACUGGGAUCUCUAAAAUUCCCUGACUCCCAUCGUAAGUCCUUAAGUGCAGAAAAUCUAGCACAAGCCAGCCCAGAGGAGAAGGAAGACAACAAAGAGAGACAACAAAGAUGUAAAACUGCUCCACUGAGACGCAGUCAGCACGAGGAGGAAAUCUUCAGUGAGUCUAAGUCUAUACCGAACAAUGAAACACUGUCAGAUGUAGAAGAUAAGGAAGGAAUAGAAGGUAAGGAAGCCUGGAAGACAAAUAUGUCAUCAGAAGAGGAGAGGGAGAUCCCAAGUGAAACAUCCUUUGUGAAGGUCGAUCAGUCGAUAUCUGACUCAGAGAGCAGCGUAGAGGACCGGGAGGGGAGAGAGGCAUGGCAAACACAGAUGAACACUGUUGAGCAGACCAAGGAAACAGACGGGAGUCGUAUCAUGUCAAGUCCAAUUUCCCCAAGAGAAGACUCUGCAAACUACUCCCAGGACUACUCCGACUCCGAUGAUGAUGAUGAGAUAGAGGAAGACAUCCCAGUGUCCAGCUCUGACGAGGACAUUCCGGAGGAGAUUCCAGAAGAGAUUCCUGAAGCCAACAGGAACAGGAGCAACAGGGAAUCACCACUGGAAGUAAAGGAUGAAGAGCAGCAUUGUGAUUGGGUGUGCACACCUGCCAAUGACUUACAGCUGCAGGAUAUGGAGGACGAGUAUGCGGAUGAUUUUGAGGAGUAUGAAUCUGACCCGGAGCUGGAGGACAUCAUCAACGAUGCACGGCAGGCGGCAGAGCUCAGGGCAACAGACGAGGACUUUGUUGAGGAGCCGAUUUCACCCGGACCCCAGGCUUCACCCAAGGGAACACAGGCAUGGAAGAACGUCAUCAAGACCAAGUGUAUAGAGGAGCUGGGAGCAGACCUGUUCCAGGAGAUGCGAGGACAGCUGGAGCAGGGGGUGAAGGUGGAGGACCUGCGGCCCAAGAUUGAGCUGAUGGCUGGGUCCGAGCUCAUGGAGACCUGCUACCUCGUGGACUUGUUCACAGAGGAGCAGGCUUGUAGCUAGGAUUCGUAGAGGUGUCCAAAAUCUGUUCUUACUAGUGUUUUGUAUAAGGAAUUUACACAUGUACAUGUGUAAACUAUGUAACUACCAGGGAAAAAUGGCAUUCUCUGGUAGUCCUGCCCAUAGUAAGGCAUCUAAUUUCCUUUAGUGUAGGCCAUAGGGUAUUUCUAAUCUCCAAGCAGAUCCUACAGUAGCAUAAAAUUGUAUUAAAGCUGCCAGAGGAGUAAAGCCACUUAGGAUGAUGACUCCCUUUGGCCAGCUAUACUCCUUUGAUACUAUCUUCUGCCACUGGUAAAUCUGCCUGGAGAUUAGGGUGUCCCCAGGAUGUCCUGAUGCCUCGCUCAAAGUCUGCCAAUGAUCAAGCAGGCGAUUGAAGGCCCUGAUGGUUAGAGAAUAAUGCAGGAAUUUUUUGUUGUUUAUUUUUUCAAACCCGUAUUAAUAAAAUCACAACUUUUGUUCCUUUGCAGACCCAGAUACUGUAGCUGGGUUUUUCCAAUGAUUACUUACGUAAAGCAGCUAUGAUCCUUCUGUUUCAUUAUUACAUGAAGGCUGUGUCUUCUUAGUGUUCUCAAGGAGGUUAAAAAAAAUGAUUUUUAACCUCCUUGGUGUUCUCCAAUAUAGAUAAGCAAAACGUCGUGUUUGUACAUAUGAUCUAAAAUUGCUUUAUGAAUUCUUUAUCUUUAGUCAUGUCAUCUUCCACAAGACUCUUGGCCGUUACCGUGACAUCAGUUAAGCAUUAGUAGAAUUGAUGGGAAAUGCACCGUUAGUUACAGUAGCAAUGUACUGGUGUGUAGGAAAUGAUCUAUGUAUCUAUGUAUCUAUGGGAACAGGAUAUAUUUGUGCCUUAUUGAGAUUUUAAUGUGUUCUUUUUCUAUAUCAUGGAAACUUUUAAGUUUCUCAUGUGCCUUAAAUAGAUAUACAAUGCAAAGAUUGGUUCAUGGAGAGCUCUGCAUUGAAUUU